AUGAACAGCAGCAGCAGCAGGUCCUGUGUGUGGAGUCGUGUUGUUGUUAUUAGACAGUGCGGAUCUGUGUUUGAAGCGCGAGGAGAAUGCGGCGCUCUGAGGACAGCAUCAGUCCUCAGGGAAAGAUCUUCAGAUCCAGGACUGGGCUGCUCAGCGACUGACGAACACAGAGAUGCCUCAGACCCCACACAAGAGAAGAGCGCAGAGACUGAGCACAGAGCGUCCAGACGAGAGGAGGGCGGGUCCAGACGAGAGGAGGCCGGGUCCAGACGAGAGGAGGGCGGGUCCAGACGAGAGGAGGGCGGGUCCAGACGAGAGGAGGGCGGGUCCAGACGAGAGGAGGCAGGGUCCAGACGAGAGGAGGCAGGGUCCAGACGAGAGGAGGGCGGGUCCAGACGAGAGGAGGCCGGGUCCAGACGAGAGGAGGCAGGGUCCAGACGAGAGGAGGCGGGUCCCGAGAGGAGGGCGGGUCCAGACGAGAGGAGGGCGGGUCCAGACGAGAGGAGGCAGGGUCCAGACGAGAGGAGGGCGGGUCCAGACGGUCGUCUACAGUCGUCUUCAGAGAGCCAGCAGCGAGAGCCGUCUGAGACGAGGAGAGCACGGGAGGACGGGCUGAAGAUAUCAGCAGAGAAACGGAAGACGAGUCCAUACUUCAGCAGAAGGAAUGAGGCUCUCAGUGCCCCGAAGCGCAAGGCCUUCAGGAAGUGGACUCCGCCGCGCUCGCCCUUCAACCUGGUGCAGGAGACGCUGUUUCACGACCCCUGGAAGCUCCUGGUGGCCACAGUCUUCCUCAACAGGACCAGCGGUAAGAUGGCGAUCCCGGUGCUGUGGGAGUUCUUCCAGCGCUAUCCGAGUGCAGAGGUGACGCGGGCGAGCGACUGGAGACCGCUGUCUGUCCUUCUGCAGCCGCUGGGUCUCAGCACGCUCCGCGCCAAAACACUCAUCCGCUUCUCCGAUGAGUAUCUGAGUAAAUCGUGGCGGUAUCCCAUCGAGCUCCACGGCAUUGGCAAGUAUGGCAACGACUCAUACCGUAUCUUCUGUGUGGAGGAGUGGAGAGAGGUCACUCCAGACGACCACAAGCUCAACGACUAUCAUGCAUGGCUCUGGGAAAACCAGGAGCAAUUAGGAAUCUGAUUUUCUGUGCACUCCAGGAUGUUUGAAUAAAUCAUAAUGUCUGCAGCAGCAUAUGCCUCUCAGCGUCAGUAACUCACCAGAGAUCAGCCACCGUCUUUCUCCUCAAAACAUGUUCUUAUUGUUUCAUCAUGUUUGUUCAUCACUUCAAGAAAAAUGGUUUCAGAAAACGUUGUGUAAAAAUAAAAGAACUUUUUAUCUUUUGUA